AUGAAGCCAGAAAACAUCCUGUUUGUCAAUUCCGACUUCACCAUGACCUAUAACGUAGAGAAGGUGAGACGAGAAGUCAGGCCUCAGGAUAAUAGGCUUUCUGCAGAGCCUGUUUUGCGUUCACCAAGACUGCAUCUCAAAUGGCACCCUAUUCCCUAAUAGUGCACUACUUUUAACCAGUGCCUGGUCAAAAGUAGUGCACUAUAUAGGGGAAAUGGUACCAUUUGGGAUACAGCCUGAGUGUCAUACCAACUGCUUAAGUAGGCAACUAUUGCCUUAAGUGCAAAUGAUUUUAAUAGGUCUAAAAUGUACAAAAGCAAAACAAAUGACGCAUUUUCCGUUUGGAUAUAGGUAUGGUUAAUGUCACAUGCAUGAAAAUGAAUAAUGUCAAGGUUACUAGAUAUCAGAAAUGGACUAAUCAAGGCGUCGCUCACUGGUCUCUUUCUAAAAGUUGACCUCAUUUCAUGAGGUUUGAAAUUAGUUGUGGUAGUGAGAAAAAUGUAACUUAUUUUUCCGGCAUUUUCUGUUUUUAAGCCAUGUCCUUUUUCACCUUCCUCCCACAGAAGCGCGAAGAGCGGACCGUGAAGAGCACGGAUGUACGGGUGGUGGACUUUGGCAGCGCCACGUUUGACCACGAGCACCACAGCACCAUCGUCUCCACGCGGCACUACCGUGCCCCGGAAGUCAUACUAGGUGAGUGACCUCACACUUCAGACUCCAGAGUGACCCCUACCUUCCUUCAGGCCAGUUGGCUGAACAAUUGGAUGAGGACUAGGGCUGUUACGGUGACCCUUUUACGGCCACACCGGCAGUCAAAUUCCAUGUGACCGUUUAGUCGCGAUAAUUAGGCUUCUCCAAGCUCUGAUGCUGCUGAUGGUCAUUAGUAGCCUACCAAACUUGCUAACUGCCUGGUACUCAGCACUCUAUUGUCCCUCUAAUCACUCUGACAUCAAUGCAAAUCUAAUCGAAAAUCUAAUCAAACAAUUCAUGAGAGCCAUCAGCUCAUGUUGCGCAACAUUUCUGUAGGCUAUUCAAUUGCGUGAUGGCCUCUAUUAAAUUGAGGAUCCCAUCAGCUAGGCCUACUAUAUUUUAUUUCUCAACUUUCCUGAUAUUAAUCACAUUGCUUCUCUAUACAACAGGAGUGUAGCCUACCUAGCUGGCAUGAAAAUGAACCGCGGGAAAAGCGUCCUCCAUUCGCUAUUUAAGUGCAUAGAUUACAUAUUUUUUUCCCACUGCCCCCGUUUCGAGACAGGUUCAUGAUAAUGUUUCAUUCUAAGUCAAACAAAUUUCACACAUACAGUGCAUUCAGAAAGUAUUCCAACCCCUUCACUUUCUCCACAUGUUAUGUUACAGCCUUAUUCUAAAAUGGAUAAAAUAGUUUUUCCCUCAUCAAUCUAUGCACACUGCCCCAUAAUGACAAAGUGAAAACAGGUAUUUAGAAAUGUUUGCAGAUUUAUUGAAAACCGAUACGUUUAUUUACGUAAGUAUUCAGACCCUUUGCUAUGAGACUCGAAAUUGAACUCCGGUGCAUCCUGUUUCCAUCGAUCAUCCUUGAUGUUUCUACAACUUGAUUGGAGUCCACCUGUGGUAAAUUCAAUUAAUUGGACAUGAUUUGGAAAGGCACACACCUGUCUAUAUAAGGUCCCACAGUUAACAGUGUAUGUCAGACCAAAAACCAAGCCAUGAGGUCGAAGGAAUUGUCCGUAGAGCUCCGAGACAGGAUUGUGUCGAGGCACAGAUCUGGGGAAGGGUACCAAAAAAUGUCAGGAUCAAGGUCAAGGGAAAGAUGAACGGAGCAAAGUACAGAGAGAUCCUUGAUGAAAUCUUCUCCAGAGCACUCAGGACCUCAGACUGUGGCGAGGGUUCACCUUCCAACAGGACAACAACCCUAAGCACACAGCCAAGACAACACAGGAGUGGCUUCGGGACAAGUCCCGGACUUGAACCCGAUCGAACAUCUCUGGAGAGAACUGAAAAUAGUUGCGCAGCGAUGCUCCCCAUCCAACAUGACAGAACUUGAGAGGAUCUGCAAAGAAGAAUGGGAGAAACUCCCCAAAUACAGAUGUGCCAAGCCUGUAUCAUCAUACCCAAUUAGACUCAAGGGUGUAAUUGCUGACAAAGGUGCUUCAACAAAGUACUGAGUAAAGGGUCUGAAUACUUACGUAAAUGUAAUAUUUCUGUGUAUUUUUAAUACAUUUGCAAAAAUGUCUGCCCUGUUUUUGCUUUGUCAUUGUGGGAUAUUGUGUGUAGAUUGAGGGGAAAAGAACAACAAUUUAAUCAAUUUUAGAAUAAGGCUGUAAUGUGGAAAAAGUGAAGGGAUUUUAGUACUUUACAAUAUACAGUGCAUUCGGAAAGACAAGAUUAAAUCAAGAGUAGUGUGAUGGGUGGCUAUUAGCCUAUCACUUGUGAAUGAUAUAUUGUCACUUGUGAAUGAUGCCCAAGAAACAGCGCAUGCUUUUUUUUUUUGGUGCAACUUUUUCAAAUCAUAGUCCCACACGUCAUGUAGCCUAGCACAUAGGCCUAAAUGUUUUGAUAAGGUUUGUAUCACAACAAAGUGUCCAAAUAACUUUAAAAUGUAGCACAUUAAUCCGCUUUACAACGGGUGUAGAGUCUUAACUGGCAUACAUACGCAGCGCUUGAGUUUCAAGUUUGGGGAAGAUCAUAUUCACCAUAGAAAUGCAACUUUAUAAUAAAAGCAUUACAUGCAUAAUCGCAUUUGUGGUGACUUUUGAGAAUGGUAUUUUCCUGCUUAUGGAACAUUCGCGCAUAUAGCCUAUUUCCGAAUGCGCAAUGUGAAGAAAUAGCCUAAUAGUUUAUCAACAUUUUAAGCUAAACGUUCUCAUCCGUUGCGUCAGGUUCUUUGCUUAACAGGUUUGUUUAUGCAAGUGGUUGUAUUAAUUUGGGAUCUAUCGUAUCCCACAACUGUCCCAGACUGUUUGGAAUAUUUCUCACACAGAAUAGGUCAACUUUUGUACUAUGAAGGAUAGUAGAUUGACAUGGGCUAGUGCUUUUGCUGUUUGUUAGGCCUACUCAUCUUGUUGGCUGACGAAAAGUAAAUGUGGACAGUUCUUCCAAUAUCUUCAAUAUACGCCUCGGAAUUGGAUAAGGGAUUCUGUAAUGUUCAAUUGCAUUCUUCAUAAUAUAAAAUAAUGCCAUGGAUUUCUAAGCAAAUCUUGUCUGCUAAAUGAGCUAGUGUAGCCCACAGCCAUAUUGCAUAGCCAGAUCAGCCUAACAUAAGGACAACUAAGAGUAUGCUGUUCUGUUCUUCUAAAAUAAACUACAAUUUUCUUCAUUUUUCUUUAGACCUGUCUAAAAUAAAUAAUGGAUUUAUUGUGACGGUGUAGGCUAUAUUACAUGGAUUUAUCAUACUUUUUUAAAUGUAGAUGUUCUAAAGGUCUGCAUCAGUGGCUUGUAAGCUGUGUUUGGAAGCCAGGAGAUGCUAAAUGUUUUUGUUAAUUAACGGUGAAUUAAUGUGAGACCGGCAGUUAUUUGCUUGACAAUCACCGGCUGACACAAUUUCAUGACCGCCACAGCCCCAAUGAGGACUAUUCUAAACUAAGGGUGGUGUAGCCACAACAUUAGCAAUGAACUGCUACAGUCUGUCUGGUUGCUUCAGUUGUGCGAGGAGGGCUAUUCUAAAAUGGAGGGGGUGUUCCUUGGCUGUCGCGUUGAACUGCCAUAGUCUGCCAGUUCUGUUCCAGUCAGGUAGAUACUGAACAACAAUCCAGUCAGACACUAAGCACAGUUGAUUGGCUUAACCUCACUUAGCAGUGCAUGAGAAUUAGUUGUGUGUGCUUGUUCAGAGUUGAGCAGGGUUGAUUUUUGUUUUUCACAUACUUUCAAAGCUCAAGGUGUAUGCUUACCCAUGGACAUGUUAUGUGGUUGUAUAAUUCCUCCUUGUUCAACUCAAAAGCUGCACCCUCACCCUUUGAUCUAAAAUGCUAGUUGUAAAGUGACAACCAAUAUUUAGGCAGAAAGCUGCUGCGCUGAAACUUGGGUUGUUGCUUUUGAUAAAUCAAACACUGGCGCAAGAGUGAGGCUAGGGUCUUUUUAAAAUUGAGCUUUUCCAUUGUUUUUAUUAGGUUCCACCAGCCUGCACCAAUUCAAUGUGCAUUAAACGAUAAGGGGCCAUUUCCUGGACACAGAUUAAGCCUAGUCCUAGACUAAAAGGCAAGCUAAAUGGAGAAUCUCAAUUAAAUACUUUUUAAAUCCAGGAUUAGGCUUAAUCUGUCUCUGGGAAACCACCUGAGAAAUGUUAUUUUCCACCCAUUCUGUGUUUUGUCCUGCAGAGCUGGGCUGGAGCCAGCCAUGUGACGUGUGGAGCAUCGGUUGCAUCCUGUUCGAGUACUACCUAGGCUUCACCUUGUUUCAGGUAAAACCCCACUUCAGUUCUCAACCCCAUGCUGUCUGUGGCGACAGCUGCCUUCCUAGAUUACUCCGAGUCUGGUUGAUUUCAGGUUGUCAGGAAGGACUGAACGAAGCCCAGAAUGGCUUGCUGCCUGGUCACUCGGAUUGGUCAGGCCGGAGUCGGACCAGUAUCACACCAACAUGUGUACCCACAAAUACAUUCGCAAACACGCACAUGUUGAGCCAGAGAGAACAGCAGGGAGACACAGCUGCUAAUCCUAUUGAGGAUCAACCCUUGGUUGUCCUCCGUGUUCUGAGUUUUGCUUGGCUGUGCUUCUAACACCAUAGAUGCUAGCUCACACAUUCUAUUCAAAGCUCUCAGCUUCAGCCACAUUUUAGUCAGUGUUAUCAAUACAAUUAUUUGAAGAUAGGUGAGGUCUCUGAUAAUGGUGUGUUGGCCUAGGUCUUGUUGCUGAUAUCCACAUUCUACUUUUAUGGCUAUUUAUACAUUGAAAGAGAAAUGGUGAUGACAUUAAGAUUUACCUUUAUCUUGUUUGUUCAUCCCUCCCUCAGACUCAUGAUAACAGGGAGCAUCUGGCCAUGAUGGAGAGAAUACUGGGGCCAGUGCCCUCCAGGAUGAUACGCAAGACAAGGUCAGAGCUCACACACACACACACACGACCAGGUGCAUCUGUGUAGUUAGUUACAGGUCAAAAAGCAAUCCAACACACACCCCCAUAGUGUUGUUUUGUCUAGUUGUUGACGCAGAGCAUCAAAGUAAAGUUGGGUCCAUGCCACAUUAAAGGGCCUGUUUGUUAGUGAUGCUUGUCAUGAUGUCUGUGUUGAACCCUAUGGCAACUCUUCCAGGCUGCUGCCCCUGCAUGCACGUGCACACACAACUCUUCCUCUACAGUGCUUUUCUCUCUGUAUUCCACUCCUCAGUCUUUGCAAUAAUUUCUCUCAACUCAGGAAGCAGAAAUAUUUUUACCGUGGCCGUCUGGACUGGGACGAAAGCUCGUCAGCUGGGAGAUACGUGAGGGAGAACUGCAAACCUUUACGGGUAAGAGAACAGCUCCUUUUCUCUCCUUGUGUAGCACCCCACUACUUUAUCUUCCUUCCCCUCUACCUCUCAUUCACCCUCUCAUAUCGGAUUAACCAGGAAUUCUCAAAUGUAGACAUUAUUUAAAUUAACCCUAACCCCAAAUCUAGAAUCCACGUUUCCUGUUUUUUAUUGUUAUGCUGAUCACAUCUCUGUAUACCCUCUCUCUCUUUGUCUGUGUCUCUCAGAGGUACCUGUUGUCGGAGGCUGAGGAGCACCAUCAGUUGUUUGACCUGAUUGAGAGCAUGCUGGAGUACGAGCCCGCUAAGCGCCUGGUCCUGGCCGACUCCCUGAGACACCCUUUCUUCGAAUCGGGGACAGCAGGCGAUGCGGUGGGGGGGAAGAGCUGGGAGGUCAACCGAGACAUCAGCCGGUGA